AGAAGUAAAAAUCGAUAAUGCAAAUAACUCGGUUGCUGUACCCGAAAGAAGCCCAAUAACAGAAGAAUGUAAACAGAUAAAAGAAAAUGACGAAGGCGUGGAUUGCAGGAAGAAGCGUUCCUCUUCCUAUUAUCGGAGACGCAUUAGGGAUUUCUGAUUCAUCAGUUCUACUCCGACUAUGGCUAAACCAGCAGAUACCGCCGCAACUGCGACACCUCAAUCACAACAAACAGUAAACGAUUCGCUGCAGAAUGUAAACAAACAGUCGGAAUUUCAGCAACCACCAACUCAUUCCCAGGAUGACUCAAUUGCCAAUCUCCGCAAACUCACCGACUCCCUCUCAGCAUUCCAGCGCUGCUUCGCUGACCUACAUCAACACAUUGAUUCCAUUCGAACCGUAAUCGACUCUAUGCUUCCCCCACUUACAACUAAUACUACUCCUUUACCCACGUCAUCACCGCCACCAGCCCCAGCCGCAGAGCCAGAACCAUCUUGGGAAUCUGAUCCCUCAGAAGGAGAAGGAGAAGAAAAAGAAAAAGAAAAGGAAGAAGAAGUGAAAUCCCCUCCUCAUCCAGAGCUGAAAUCCGCUCAUCGUGCAGAGCUGGAGAGCCUUUGCAAAACGAUGAGUGGCCGUGGUCUACGGAGGUACAUGGGAAUGCAUCUCUCAGAUAUAAAAGGACUGCUCGAACAAGUCCCUAAGGCAUUGAGACUCUCCCCCAAUCCAGCAAGGCUUGUAUUGGAAUGUGUCGGCAAGUUUUAUUCUCAAAAGGGCAGUGUGUUUGUUAAGUGCUCACAUAUGGUCCGUUCAAGGCUGGCUUCUGUAUUGGUUUUGGAAUGCUUCUUGUUGUUGGGAAUCAACGACGAGAUUGAGAAAAGGGUGAAGCAAGAGGCAGAGCAGGCAGCUUUAGCAUGGAGAAAGAGGUUGAUUGCUGAAGGAGGUGUACUUAAGGCUAAGGAAAUUGAUGCCCGGGGUUUGUUGAUGCUUAUAGGGUCUUUUGGGAUUCCAGGACGAUUUAGAAAUGAGGAUAUCAGGGAUUUGCUUCAGGUAAGUUGCAUCAAGCGGUAUUAUCGUGCCCUCCGGAGAUCAAAUGUCCUCGUGGCAAAGAUUCCAGAAAUAAUAGAGGGGAUGCUGAAGCAAAAGAUGGAAGUUGACGCUGUUCAUAUUGCCUAUACUUUUGGAUUUGAGGACAGAUUUAAUCCUCAGAGACUUUUGACAUCAUUUUUACUAGAUACUAAAGAGUCAUUGAAGAAAAUGAAGGAAAACUCACAUGGUUCACAUGCUGCUGUGAAUGAAGAAAAAAGGAAACAUUUGUUUGCUCUGAAAUCUGUCAUCAAAUGUUUGGAACGCCAUGAUACCGAUCCUUCAAAACUUAUUCCUGGAUGGCAAAUCAAUGAGAAGAUAAUGAAGUUGGAGAAAGAAAUUGCUGAAUUAGAUAAGCAGACAGGUGGGAAGAUGGCACAAAAGAGAAAACUUGAUGAAACUGAGUCGUCGAGAAGGUUCAGAAAUAAAGAAGCAAAACAGUCGCGUAUUCCACCAUGGCUACGGCAGCAAAGAGUUGUUAAUCAUGUUGAUAGUGACUGCACCUUGCUAGAACGUCAAAACGCUGGCCAUGUUCAUGGUUAUACUGUGUCCUCAUCAGUAUUGCACGGACCUGUUGCAGGCUCGAUGCAUGAAAAUGUUGCUGACUCCCUUGCAGCAACUGUGGCCAUGGGUCGAGAUGGAGCAAGGAUAUUAGCAAGUGUCGACGGUAUUCGAGCAGGUAUAUCAGAAGGCAUGGAUAUUGUUCAGCAAGGAGCUUCAUAUGCUGGAGGUCAUGGAAGGACUCUAGUUGAUAGUACACCUGAGCAAAUAGGGAGUCAUACUGGUCAGUUAUAUGGAUGGUGUGGUAAUGCAGCCGUGUAUGACGGACUGGCCUCCUGCAGCUAUGCUUAUAGGCCAUCAUCAUACUUGGAAGGUUCUACGGGUUUGCCAAACACCCAACCCAGUGAUGCUUAUAGAUCACCACCAUACUUGGAAGGCUCUACGGGGUUGCCAAACACCAUACACAGUGAUGCUCAUAGGCCACCACCAUACUUGGAAGGUUCUGCGGGUUUGCCAAAUGCCAUACACAGUGAUGCUUAUAGGCCACCACCAUACUUGGAAGGUUCUGCGGGUUUGCCAAAUGCCAUACACAGUGAUGCUUAUAGGCCACCACCAUACUUGGAAGGUUCUGCGGGGUUGCCAAAUGCCAUACCCGGUGAUGUUGCUGGCCGGAGCUCUGCAUCUGAUAUCUACCAGGCAUUUCAUUGAAGUCAGGCCAGCUUCCUGCAGAUUUAAAUAUUGGUGAUUACGAUGUUGCUGCUAAAGGACGCCAACGAAGACAAGAUGGUAACAAAUGGCGAUGAUAAAGCUAAUGAGAUGCAGGAGGAAACUUCAACUGAACAGAGAACUGACGGUCCUACAGAUAUGGAGUAGGACAAGAUGACUUUCUUUUCUCUUAUGUUACUGCCUCUAUCAUCUGGAACUGGUUGGUAUUUGCAUUAGUUGACAGCAAGAAUAUAAUUGUGAGUGACAUGCAGUAGCUUGUCACUGUUGCAGUUGUUACCUAUUGUAUUAUAUUGUUACUUUAAAUAUAAUAUUUUGAUUAUUACUCAAAUUUUAUUGUAUCGUAUUAUUAAAACUGUCGUUAAUAUCACUGUAAGUAUCUAA